CCCUCUGCAAGCCACCGUCUCUCCCUCCAGGGAAACGGAAGAAAACAAAAUACCACGGAGGUUGCAAUUAUGCUGUCCUCCGCCAGAAGCCGCAUUGCGGCCUUUUCCGCGUUGACAGCUCGCUUCGCCGCCCGCGCUAGCUACUCCUCGACUGUUCCUCGCUUCUCUGAGAACCCCAACCCGGCCAAUGUGGAAGCCCAGCCGCCCAAGCCCAACGUGUCUGCGAGCAAUGCCACUCCUAUCGAGAACCCCAGUGCCACGAAUGUGGCAUUGCAGGAGGAUCCGGAAGUUGGAGAGCGUUACCGUCAGCUUCAAGCUCCUAACCGGUCCAAGACAUGGGCCCGAAGUCAGCAGCCCAGGGAGUUGGCCAUGACUGGACCGCGGUUUGAGCAGACGAUUAUGGGGUAUCAGCCUCAACCGUACGCCGCCAUUGAACUUAUCCACAAGCAGCCUGUGCGCUGGACAAAGGACAGGAUUGUCUCCUGCGAUGGCGGUGGCGGGCCAUUGGGCCAUCCCAAGAUCUUCAUCAACACCGACAAGCCCGAAAUCGCUACAUGCAACUACUGCGGGCUUCCUUUUGCCCACGAAUCGCAUCGUGCAUAUCUCAAGUCCCUCCCUGCGACUUCCUAUCCUCUGGAGCCGGUGGGUGAUGCGGCCGAGGUGAAUGAGUCUCAGCGUGUUACUGAAGGUGGAUGGGAGCAGCGAUAGAUGUGGUGGCUGUCUUUCGUUGGCGUUGACGAAUUAAUCUGUUUUCAUGCGUGUCCUCGACUGAGGUUGUACAGUUUGUCAGACGUGAUCAGUGCUAGAAUCAAUUCCUAGUGUAUGUGAACUGAUCUUAAAG